AUGGGAGAUACCAGGUCACCACUUCGUACAACUAAUACAACUAGCGGGAGCCGCAGCCCCUUACUCGGGCCCUUCCAGCUCCGCCCUCCGGCCGCCGCCCUAAAAGAGGCGGACCGUUCCCUCUGCGUGCCUCCCAGAGCAUCCCGGAGAUUCCCGAGCUUUUCCGAUCGCUUCCCGGCCUCCCGCGGGCGGCCCGCGCGGAGGGGGGCGGCGAUUGCCGAGGGGGGCGUAGCCACGCCCCCUCGCCCCAGCCUCCUCUCGCGCGGGCGGCCCGAGUCCCCACACAUCCAGCCCUCCCCACACCGGGAGCCCGGGCCGCCCCCUUCCUCGCGCAGCCGGCGAGUGGUGAGGGAGCGCGGGACUGAAGGACCAAGGGACGGAGGGAGCGGCGCACGCGCGUGCGAGCGAGCGUGCGAGCGUGCGAGCGAGCGAGCGAGCGAGCGAGCGGCCGGCGCGAAGCCGGAGUGGAAGCCGGAGCCCGAGGCGGAGCGGGAGCCGGAGCCGAAGAAGCCUGAGUUGGAGCGGUAG